UCCACAAUGGACAGAGUUUAUGAGAUUCCCGAGGAGCCAAAUGUGGUUCCGGUUUCAUCUCUGGGAGAAGAUGUCAUUCGUGGACCUAACCCACGCUUUACCUUUCCAUUUAGUAUCCUCUUCUCCACCUUUUUGUACUGUGGGGAGGCUGCGUCUGCCUUGUAUAUGGUUAGGGUUUAUCGAAAGAAUAACGAAACCUUCUGGAUGACAUACACCUUUUCCUUCUUUAUGUUUUCAUCCAUUAUGGUUCAGUUGACCCUCAUUUUUGUCCACAGAGACCUGGCCAAAGAUAGACCACUAUCAUUAUUUAUGCAUCUAAUCCUCUUGGGACCUGUUAUCAGAUGUUUGGAGGCCAUGAUUAAGUACCUUACACUGUGGAAGAAAGAGGGGCAAGAGGAGCCCUAUGUCAGCCUCACCAGAAAGAAGAUGCUAAUAGAUGGCCAGGAGGUGCUGAUAGAAUGGGAGGUGGGCCACUCCAUCCGGACCCUGGCUAUGCACCGUAAUGCCUACAAACGUAUGUCACAGAUUCAAGCAUUCCUGGGCUCAGUGCCCCAGCUGACCUAUCAGCUUUAUGUGACUCUGAUCUCUUCAGAGGUCCCCCUGGGUAGAGUUGUCCUAAUGGUUUUCUCCCUGAUAUCUGUCACCUACGGCGCCACCCUCUGUAAUAUGUUAGCUAUCCAGAUCAAGUACGAUGACUACAAGAUUCGACUUGGGCCCCUGGAAGUACUUUGUAUCACCAUCUGGAGGACAUUGGAGAUCACUUCCCGCCUUGUGAUUCUCGUGCUCUUCUCAGCCACCUUGAAGUUGAAGGCUGUGCCGUUCUUAGUGCUCAACUUCUUGAUCAUCCUCUUUGAGCCCUGGGUUACGUUUUGGAGGAGUGGCGCCCAAUUGCCAAACAAUAUUGAGAAAAAUUUCAGCCGGGUUGGCACUCUGGUGGUACUGAUUUCUGUCACCAUCCUCUACGCUGGCAUCAACUUCUCUUGCUGGUCAGCCAUGCAGUUGAAGUUGGCAGACAGAGACCUUGUUGACAAAGGUCAGAACUGGGGACAUAUGGGACUGCACUAUAGUGUGAGGUUGGUAGAAAAUGUGGUCAUGCUCUUGAUUUUUAAGUUCCUUGGAGGCAAAGUGUUACCAAAUUACUGCCAUUCCUUGAUCGCCGUGCAGCUUAUCAUUGCUUAUGUGAUUUCCAUUGGAUUCAUGCUCCUUUUCUUCCAGUACUUGCACCCUUUGCGCUCACUCUUCACCCACAACGUAGUAGACUACCUCCAUUGUAUCUGCUGCCGCAGGCACCACCCGGAGAGGGCUGAGAACGCAGAGCCGUCCGGUGAGGCUGAAACAAGACAGAGUAUUGUCUGAAUUUUUUUUUCUUCUGAACAUUAUAGGGUGGGUUCGGGGUUGA